AUGAGUCUAAAUGGUUCAAAUAGUCAAUUCGAUGAUAUUGAUAUAGAAAGUUUUAGUUCACAUGUUAUUGCAAGUUUAUUGGUUUUACCAACCGAUUAUAAACCAGACAACUUGAUUUUAGAAGAAGAUUCUAAUUAUAUUGUUGGCAUCGAUAAUGAUCAAUCAUUGGAAGCAAAUGAAUUCGAUUUAACAUCAGAAGGAACUGACGCAUUUCCAAGAUUAAGGAAUGUAUUAUACACAUUAAAGCCAUUGAUGGUUCAACCAGUCAAUGAAAGUGUGAAAAAUACUAUCCUCAAAACCAAUAGUCCUUUGUUCAUUAUAAAAUGGCUUGAGGCAUUAUACAGGAAACAAAACAACUACGACUCAAUAAUAUCCAUGCAAAUAGAAUCAAAAGGUUUGGAAGUGUCAAAUGAAUAUUUAAAAAUAAAAAAAGAAGAGAUUAAUUUACCACUGGAAUUUAAUAAAGGAUGGGUUAAUUUAAUGGAUACAAGAUUUAAAAAAAUUCAACAAAUAUUGCAAUCAAAUCAAUCAGCCACUCAUCAAGAUUUAUUCAACCAUAUACAUCCACUAACAAGCAUUUAUUAUGAAUAUUUAUCAAAAAUGUAUAAACAUCAACCCCUAGAUAUCAUUUCUACCUUUUAUCAGAGUCAAGAUAAAUUAUCCUUUCAAGACAUUUUAAAUAUCGAAAAUCCCCAAUUUAACCAAGAACAUUUUAAAGAAUUACUAAAAAAAUCUUUAAUUCUAGAAAAGCCUAUUUCAAUUUAUGACACAAUCAAAGAGUAUAUUACAACUAUAGAAUUUAGUUCCUUACUUCAAUGUAAAAAAACUAAUGAUGAUUUAAAUGAGUGCGGAGAGAAUUGUAAUAUAUCAUGUAAAACAAGGAUAAUUGUUCUAGACUUUCUAUCAACAAUUUGCUCACUUUUCGAUUACACAUUUUUUCACCCAUCAUGGUAUAUAGAAAAAUUUAAUAUUUUUUCAAAAUUAUUAAGAUAUGGCGCAUCAGUCGAUAUAAUUAAAUUAAUUGUAACUAGUCUAAAUAUUUUAAUAAAAAAUGAAGAAUAUAACACAAUUAUUAGAGAAAAGGAAGUGCUAACGAAUCCAAAUAUUUGCAACCAAAUAGAGUUUUUAAUUGAAUAUUUUGAACUUGAUAUCGAAAGAGUAGAAAAUAAAUCAAACCUUCUAGAUUUAGUAUCAACACAUAAUCUUACAAAUUUAUUUAUUAAGCUUUUAGAACUUGGAGCCGGCAAAAAUUCAAAUCCAUGUGUUAUCAAUCGAUAUUAUCAAAAUCUUUCAAAUGAUCAGAAAUUAAAAUUAAAACCAUUUUUAAUUAAUUUAUUUACAAUUAAUCCCAAAAUUAAUUGGAGAAUUGCAAUUAAUCAACUAUUUCCAUUACAAAAUGAACAAACCAGAAACUCAACAAAGAUACUAUCAGAAAUCUCUAAUUCUACAAAAAGAUUUAUUUCUGAUAAAUAUUGGGACCAAUUAUUUGAUUCAAAUGGACAACCAAAGAGAUCAAACGAAUAUGGAUCAAGAACAGUUACUUUAAUACAAGAUAACUUUGGUAAUGGAAUCUAUUUAAAGUUUAAACCACAAUUUCCUGGUACAGAAAUAGCAGUAAAUAAACUUAGUAAUAUUAUUUUUGGAAAUGGUUUAACUCCACAUUGUGAAUUAGCAUCCAUCAAUGGCUUACCAGUUUUAUUAAUUCAGCAAGUAUAUGGUGAACCUCUAGUUGACAUUUUUAACGACUCACCAAACAUAAUUAACCAAAUAGAACCAUUUAAUAUAUCAAAACAAUUGAUCCUGUCAAUGUUAAUAAAUAAUGCAGAUGGAAAUUUAGGAAAUUUUAUUGUGUCAAAAACUUGCAGUUUCAAAGAUCAAAGGUAUGAUUAUAAACUUGUAUCCAUUGAUAACGACCAAUGUUUUAUGCCAUCAAUUUCGAAGUCACUCGGUAUGUUUGAAAAAUCCUUACAAGUGGAUACUGUUUUGUUUUUAUUUAAUCAAAUGAAUGAUAAGGUACAUAAAGAUGUAAUAGACCGUAUUUGCAAUAUAGAUGUGUAUACUCAAUUGUUUAAAUGGUUAGAAUAUUUAAAAUAUAAACAUCAAUCAUCAUUGGACCAUUUUUCAUCCAAUAGAGAAAGAUUAAAAAAAGAAAAAGAGACAGUUAUUGGUGUGUCUUUUAACAGAGGUAUGAUUUCACAUAUAUUUUCAAAACUAAAUAGGUUACAGAAGCUAUUGAAAGAGAAUGGCUCUGUCACUCAUUUGGAAGUUUUAGAAUAUAUUGAACCAUUAGUUUCUAAUAGAUAUAAACCGUUUUUAAAUCAAUAUGUUUCACCAAAUGAUAGAUACUUAAAAUUAAAAAACUUUAAUACCUAUUCAAAAACAUUAGUUUCAUGCUCAAAACAUUCAUCAAAUAAAAUUUUACUAUCACGAGAUAUACCUAAUGUAAAGGAUAUAAUGGAUCAGCUAUGGAGUGGAAAAUAUGGCCCUUCUCAAUCACUUGAAGAGUUAAAAUCAUUAGAUAAUGAUGUGAAAACACUAAAUGAUUUAAUAAAUCUUCUUGACAACAAAACCGUCAAUUUAAAAAGGUCAAUUAAAAGUGUCAAUAUUAAUAUCCAUGAAAUAACCCAAAGUUAUAAAAAUUUGGAAUAUUUGAAUAUUUCAGAAUCUAUAUACGUGACCCUGCACAUUAGAUCAAAUUUAAAAACUCUAGAUAUCAGUUCAAUGAUAUUUUUAUUACAAAUAACUUUAGAAGUCAAUUAUAUAGAAUCGAUAAAUUUUGAAGGUUGUUGUUUACUAAAUGAAAUCAAAGGUUCUGGAAACUAUUACCAAAAUUUAAAUUUAUGGAAAUCAUUAAAUAAUCCAUAUAAUAAACAAAUUAUAGAAGAAAAAAAUAUGAUUAUAAAUUUAAGAAAUGACAACAUUAUUUUAUCUUGGAACGAGGAAUAUAUUCGUGGUGUUUCGUUUAUAUUUGAAAAUCGUAUAGUACCUCUUACAACUUUAAUCCAACAUCAUGUAAUAAUUGGAGGUUCUAUACACAAUAUUAUAGUCCCCAAAGAAACAGAAUUUAUAUCUUUGUGUGAUAACUUUAAUGAAAGCUUACAUGCAGAUUUCUUUCCAAAAUAUCUUAGCUGCUUGUACCUAGGAAACAUAAAAAAAGAAAUUAAAAAGGAAAUAUUACCUCCAUUUUUAAAAAUAUUAUAUUUAGGUAGUGGGUACCAAUAUAAAUUAUCAAACAUUAUCAAUUGUACAAUAGAAACUCUUUAUUUAGAAGAUAUUAAGGAGGCAUUGCAAGAAAAUACAUUAAGACCAAGUAUUGAAAACUUAAUAUUAUGUCCUGGAUUUAACCACCCAAUAACUCCAUCAGUUAUUCCAAAUACAGUAAAGCGACUCUCUAUCAUUUCAAAAAAAAAAGACAUCGAAGUACCCACAAGUAUAAAGUUUUUAGAAUUCAAUGAUGAUUCCUAUAGUCCAGAAAUUAUCAAACCAUUUAAAGUUAAAGAUUUAUUAAUUAGUACAGUGUAUUAUUCAGGAGGAAUAAAAUUCUAUAAAGGUCAAAUAACAUUAAUUAGAAGACGCUAUAAAGAAAUUCCAUAUUUUACUAAAGAAACAAAUAUAAAUCGUACUUUAGACAUUUUUACUAUCGAAAAUUUCAAAAAUUUUUUUGGUAUCAAUUCCCUUAAAAAAAGUGCUAAAGUAUUAGAAUAUUGGGACCCACCUAAUUCAAGAAAUAUUAUUACUGAAAUUAAUAGUAAAAUCAAAAAUCUUUAUAUUGGUUAUCUCAAUUAUAUUAUUCCUCUUGAACUUCUCCCUCCAAAUAUUAAAAGAUUAGAACUUUUAGAUGGGUUUGAUCAAACAUUACUUCCACACCAACUACCAAAUACAAUCAAGCAUCUUGUUAUUGGUGGUAUAAAAAAACCAUUAAAUAUUAAUUCUAUAUCAAAAGCUACAACUCUAACAUUGUUGAGGGGAUUUGAUAACCAAUUAAUUCCUGGAGUGAUAGGUGAAUCAGUAACUAAUCUAUAUAUUGAUGAACUUAAAUAUCAAUUAAAACCCAAUGUUAUCCCUUCAUCUGUUGUCAAACUAAGAAUUUCAGAUCAUCAAAUUGAAACAAAUACUAUACCAUUAUCUGUGAGUGAUGCCCAUAUUACAUUUAAUAACAUAGUUUUGCAACCAAACUCAAUCCCAUCAAGUAUUACAACAUUAACGAUUUUGAUCAAUAAUUUUAAUGAUUUAAAUCAUUCUUUAAUACCAAACUCUGUAAAAAAUUUAUAUAUAAUCAAUAAUAGCUCAAAUUCGAUUCCAAUUAAUUUUGUAAUACCAAAUUCAGUUAUAUUAUUACAGUUGAGAGGUAACUUUGAUUAUAUUAAACCGGGUAUUAUACCAGAUUCAGUUAGAGAACUUUAUAUUGACCAAAUCAAUAUACCAUUCAAAAUUAAAUCAAUUCCAUAUUCAGUUACCAGUCUCGAGGUUGGUGGUAGUUUUAACAAAAGUUUACCGUUUAUUAUUCCAGACUCUGUUGCAGAGUCUGGUAUUAUUAAAGACUCUGUUACGGAGUUUUGGUUUUGA